AAAAACUACGGCUACGAAAUUUACAAGGAAAUCAAGGGGGAAAAAGACUUUGAAAGAAAGAUGAAGGAGGCAGAUACGGUAAGAAUCCUGAGUUCAAAGCUUUACAAGCGGUGUGCUUCUAAUAACAUGUUAAACAUUCAACACAUCAUGAAAGUAAAAAAAAAACAAAAACAAAAACAAAACAAAAAAAUUAAUGUAACUCCUGCAACAUUUUAGAAAUUGUCUUUUUCUUCUGACUGUGCAUGUCACAGUGUGUGCUACCAAAGCAUAGUAAGCAUAUAAUACAUCCAAAGAGGGAAGAGAAAACAUAGAAAAAAAUUAUUUUGUCACUUCUUUGAUUUAUGUAUUCCUUUUUCUUGUGAAAAGAGUGCAUUUCAGAGAAAUAGGUAAUGAUUGCACGCGAGGGAAGAAGUGCAGAUCCUUAUGGACAAUAUUUUCAUAAUAUGAAUGUAGUGUAACAAAUCAAUCAUGGACGAGGCCAUCAUGAUUAAAUGUUUAUUUCGUAAUAAAUGCCGCUUUUCGUGACAGAUCCUACCAAAAAGUAUCUUUGAUGGAGUUAAACUUGGCAUUGAAAAGGAGAAACUCAAAUAUAUCUUUGGCGCAAUUGCUCUGUUCAGCGGAAAGCGUCCAACGCAUGCCAUUGGUGUCGCAGCCCAGGGGAUUGCGACUGUUGUGUCGGAGCCAAAAUUCCCUUCUUGUGAGUUCCUUACACCUGGUAAAUCUUUUCGCGUCUGUCUUCGCCACGCUUCCCUGAAAGGUAAAGAUGACGCGAUGUCAGAUUUUCGGGGCGCCUCGAUACGAUUUGCAGAUAGCGACCAAGAAGACAGCCCUUUGGAUAUUAUCAUGUCAACUGGGCGGCCAGCCGUCUUAUCGAAUAUACAGACGAUUUAUGAUGCACUGGAAUCCUAUCGAAGUGGUAAUGUGAAAGAGUUCUAUCUAAAUAAUCCCGUUCGGUAAGUUGCAUUCUAGAAAGCGUUGCUGGAUACGUUCCAAAAGUAUAAAAGAUGUAGAUGGUACAUGAAUAGGAGGCAACUGUAGAAACAAAUCAAAAAAACAAAAUAAUAAGUAAAUAAACAAAUGCACGAUUAGAUAGAUAAAUACGAAAUGAAGUAUUAUUGAUUAUAUAAUGAGUUGAGUUAACCCUUGAUUCCUUAAAAUCAGUAUACAUAUCCUCCAUACUGCUCAUUAUUCAUUUCCUAAGUGCUCACAAAAAGAAUUUGUUUACCAGUCAAAAGCUUCUUCCGUUGGUGAUCAUUUCCUGUAUUCUCAUGACCUUAAUGUGUGAUUAGGGGUGAUGCUAAAGGAACAAUUUUGAUUUUAGUCACUCUUAGGGUUUAAAGAGUUAAACACGCAUUUCGAUUGGUUCUUCCAGACGCAUAGAUAACGUUUCAAUUGCAUAUAAAGUUCUAUGUUGCCGUGCGUCUGUAUAUUUAUACAUCACAGAAAAUGUCAAGAUAGGAUAUAAAAAUAACAUAUUAAUGACUCGUGUUUUCUUUGCUUUCCUAAGCGCUGGUACGCUUAGGAAAACAAUAAUCAGCCACCUGCAAAAGUCCAACAAGUGCGUGGGUAUGCAAACCUAACUUUUGAUGCAGUGCUCGCACAUGACUUGUUUACUAGGUCGGCAAAAACUCGAAUAUGAGUACAUUGACAAGGGAUAUUUACACUAACGGAAAUUUACUCAAAGUCUACAUGGCUGAUCAUUAUUAAUUUAGAAAGGUGUACCAUGCCUAGUGCUCAUUUCAAUUAUUUACACUUUUCUCCUUUAAAUUUCAGAUUUGCCAGUAAUAUAGACGGUCUGCGGCGUGCACCAAACUCAUAUUACGACCAGCGAUAUUACUCCGAAACGAUAAUGGGCCUGAAGGCCUUUGACAGCGUUGAGCGUUACGUUAGAUUCCGACUGGUGCCAGCUGAUGGGUCGCUGGAAACGGGUUUGCUUUCAAAAGAUGAGCAAAGAAAGGCUUGGUAAGCUGAUAUAAUUACUUAGAGACGGCUUUGACUACCUAGUGGCUGUAGCAAGUACAUUACUGUAUGGUGUAAUUUUUCCCUACCUAAUAAAACAAAUCUUCCGCACCACCUUACAUACAUCUCUCUUUACUUCCAGAGCGAGGAAAAAGCCUGCCACACUCUCUGCACUUAAACAACAAUUUUAGAAUUAAUUAUUAGAUUGUGUUUUGUUUGUGUUUUUUCCUUACGUUCCUUACACUGAUAAUGCGAAAUAAAACUACAACAAUGGAAGUAUUGCAGCCAAUUCAUGCCCUCAGUAUACUUGUAUAUUAAUUGUUAAAAAGGGUUGCCAACAAAUUUUGAGUUUCUUCCUAUCCAUUGCAAUCAGUUAAGUUAGCCUUUUGAUUACUGUUCCUGUUGUAUUUCUUUUUUAAGGGAGCAGGAAAGACUUCCAACGGAAACUAGACCAAAGGAAUAUUUGACAGAAGAGUUCAAGGCAAGAAUAUCUCGUGGACCAGUCAAGUACAAGCUUCAACUGACUCUCCACGAAGUACGAUCAGACGAUCCUCCAAAUAUCCUUGAUCUCGGGCGAUACUGGGACGAGAAUGCUCAUCCCUGGUUGGACGUAGCUGAUGUCACAUUAACCACCAUCCUAUCCCCUCAAGCCAGCGAGGCAUUGAGGUUCAAUGUCGGAAACCUACCGAGCUCCAUUUACCUUCUGCAAGCACGAGGUACCCAGCACUCUAACUGUAUAGCUCACAUACGGAAAGAGGUGUACCAGAGGACGCAGACAAUUAGAUUAAGUAGGAAGGCGAGCAUAAAACCAGAUCACGUGGCCACGUAUAAGAUAAGGGUGGAAACUGGUGAAAGGCUAAGAGCAGGAACUGAUGCUAACAUCUCGGUAUCACUGACAGGUAUUUACAACCAAAAGAUUUUUUGAUACUCCUCAAGCUAAUUCAGUUACUUUUAGACAUGUUUUGAAACGUUUUUUGUUGCGUUCUCUUCAGGAACUAGAGGAAAAACUGAAAAGCUUUUUCUAUCCUCUUGGUCCAAUGACUUAGAAGCUGGACACAAGGACGAAUACACCCUACAAGCGAUGGAUGUUGGAGAGAUAUUGAUGAUCCAUCUUCACAAUGACGGUGCAUAUUCGUGGCACAAACAUCCGCAUUGGUUCGUUAACAGGAUCACUGUGACGAGCUCUGAGCAAAAAGACCCUUUUGAAUUUCCAUGUUUUCGCUGGGUGGUUUCCGAUAUGACUCUUUUUAUAGGAAAAGGUAAUUCUAUUCACUGAUAUCUAAUAUCUCAGCUUGAAGUAUAAUCCCGAAUGAGCUUACUUCAAAAUGAGCGCAAGUGCAUUUCAACGCCAUCCAUCAAUUAAGGAACUUCACACUUGUGCAGAAUAAAGCAAAUAAGAGUAUCAUUCGUCACAUCUUUUCUUCAGAACGAUAGGUUUCGCAAGACUGAAAGCAUCGAGGUUGCAGAGUUGUGUACAACGUACCUCGUUAUAAGAUAAAUCGAAAGCAAGCACUAAUUGCGUAUAUCGGCUUGAAAUGAUAAAGCGACUAAUGCUUGUGAAAAACUAUUUUUUGAGAUAAUUUUUUACUGCGCUACUUCUCACUAUGUGUGUAUCUAUUCUCGUUGCAAUACCCUGUUCAUCUCAGUUUUAAAAUGUCUACUUCGUCAGGCGUCGUAGAUUAUAUCCAUGGGCAUUCUUAUUGUGAUGGCUAAUGAGAUUGCUCGAGGUUAGUACGUCUUAUCUAACCAAUUAACUUUUUUUAUGUGUAUAUAGCAGUCCUUCCUUUCCAAGAUCAACCAGAAGUAAUAAAGAACCAACGCAUUCUUGAGAUACAAGACCGUAAGGAACAAUACCUCUGGGGACGUCUUCCACCCGGUGUAAACGAUUUGCCAGGUUUCAUUCAUGCUCCUAAACAUGGUGAUCUCCCAAGAGAUGCGCAGUUUUCUGACGAGGAGUCACGCUCAUUUCGUGAUGGCCGUCUUCAUGGAGUGAUCAAUCUUGGGAUUUCUUAUCUGCGCAGUAUUUUCAGCAGUUGGGACAGCUUUGAAAGCUUUCAGAGAGUCUUUACUGGCUGGACAGGAGAUAUACCUAAAAUUUCCCAAAAUAAUCUCUGGAUGGAAGAUAGGAUGUUUGGCUACCAGUUCCUAAACGGCUGCAAUCCAUGUGUUAUCGAACGAUGCGACGAGCUGCCAAUCAACUUUCCUGUUUCAGACGAAAUGGUGGCAAAGUUUCUCGACCGAGGAAUGACAUUGGCUCAAGAAAUUAGGGUUAGUAUUGCACAAAAGAAACAAACCAAAAGCAAACAAACAAUCACACCACAAUGAAACAAGUGCUCUGCGCUGAAGUUCAUCGAGAAAGCCUCACAAAUUUCCAUCAAUCAUCAUAAGAGACAGCGCUGAGUCAUCCGCAUUUUUAUAUGAGCACUGAUAUUAGUCAAAAUUGACCAGUCAGGUCUCUGCAUUUGUAAACAGAAUCCCAUUGUUGAACAAAACAUUCCAAAUGGACUAGAAAUUCGUUAAUAUAAUCCAUCAGGUAAUUAAGUUCAAGCUACAUUAAUUAAUAAUAAAGGCUUCUUUAGAAUAUUAUAGCCCGUCUGGUUGGUUACUACAGUUGACGCUGGGUGACUUAAUUUAAUCAAAGCUACAAGUCGGUUAUGCAAUGCAGCUAACCGUGAUAGACUUGCGCCUUUGAUCGCCAACUCGGGCCUGACAUUUCACAAUAGCAGAUAGCUGAUACUAACAUCUCUUUCUUUUAAUCAGGCUGGACAUGUCUUCAUUGUUGACUACAAGGAACUCAGGGGAAUCAAACGCGGUGGUAAGGACAGCAACUACAAAUCCCACUACGCAGCUGAGCCUAUUUGUCUCUUUUAUGUUAAGAAUUCAGGAGACCUGGUGCCUAUUGCAAUUCAACUUUUCCAAGAACCCAGCGAAAAUAACCCAAUAUGGACUCCCGGCGACACGCAUUAUGAUUGGCUCCUGGCGAAAAUGUGGUUUCGAAAUGCAGACCAUCAAGUGCAUCAGGUCAGUAUCAGAAUGCUUGGUCGAAUUCAUCCUAGGCAAGUGAGGUCUGUUAGAUUGGUGGACACCAUCCGAUUUUUAAAGUUGCGUCUUAUCAGCGCGACCAAGUAAGCUACGAUCCUACCAAUUUUUUAAUGUCUAAAUAUGUAUAUGUCAUGGGAAGAGGAAUCCCUUACGAGAAUGCAAAGAGACAUUUCAUCUUCAAAUGCGAACUCAUUAACAAAGAUCUGAUGUAAUAAGGUAUGUAAUAAUCACAAGUGUGUCUAUUGUUUCUCGUAGAUGGGGACCCACUUGACAAAAACUCAUUUGCUGAUGGAAGCGUUUGCUGUUGCCUCAUGGCGGCAAUUGCCGUCUAUUCAUCCUAUCUUUCAGCUUCUCUUUCCUCAUCUUCGUUCAGUAAUGGCCAUCAAUACCAUUGGAAGAAAUGAAUUGAUUGCAAAAGGAGGCAUUUGCGACAAAACUCUGAGCAUUGGCGGUGGAGGGCACAUUCAACUAUUGGAAAAAACGUACAAGAAUUUCAAGUUUGAAAUGCUCUCUUUGCCAGGCAUGUUGAAAAAAAGAGGUGUGGAAGACAUUGAAAAGUUGCCUAAUUACUUCUACAGGUAAGCUUUCGAUGAAUAAUGUGGUUUUAACGAGAGAGUUGAUAAUGUUAAUUGGCCACUGUGAAGAGUUCUAAGCUGACGUUUCGAGAAUUAGCCCUCUAUCAGAGUGAAUGACGAAGGGCAAACGAAAUAGGGCUAAUGCUCGAAACGUUAGCUCAGCAACUCUUCAAAGUGGCCAAUUUACAUUAUAAACUCAUUUGAUAAGACCAAAUCAACGAAUAAAUUAUUUGGUAAACCUUCUUUCACAAAGAUGCAGGGUUAAAAAGGCUUUGAAGGUUGAUUGAGGCAUGGUUGUGGUUAGCCAUUUUGGGUGAAUCUGUAAGAAACAAGUGACAUAUCGGCCAGCCUAAUCAGCCUUUUAUCUUCGAAAAGUGUGACACGUUAUUUCUAUCAAUUUCCUAACCAUAUUUACUGUACACAUCAGAGAUGACGGACUCCUUAUGUGGAAUGCCAUCUCAGAUUUCCUACAGGAAUUCGUUGCCAUCUUCUAUGCGUCAGACGAAGAUGUUAUUAAGGAUCAUGAGUUGCAGUCCUUCGUGAAGGAUAUACACGAAAACGGUUUCCCUGUAAGAGAAGGAGAUGUUGACCACGAGUUUCCCAGAAGUUUACAGAAACGUGAUCAGCUGGUUCACCUACUAACGUGUAUAGUGUUUGGGUGUUCAUGUCAACACGCAGCGGUUAACUACGCUCAGAUGGAAUUUACCGGCUUCGUCCCGAAUGUCCCACCUGUAAUGCGUCUUCCACCACCAACUAGAAAGAAUGAAGUAACUCUGAAGACCAUCAUGGAUACAUUACCCAGCCACUAUCAAACUGGCUGGCACGUUGCUACUGUGUACACUCUUACGAGAAUGGCAGAAAACGAGGUAGGAACUUACAGUUGUGGUUUUUGCGGGAAAGGAAUUUUUGCGUAAAAGAGGAACUAGUAAUGUAGAAAUAGAACUUUACGACUGGCUAUACUCAGUAUAAUCAUUAUGUUAAUAAUGACACUAAUAGUUGUUUGGACCUGGGAUAACAUAAUUUGAACAGUGAAAUUUCCCUCAAUUAGACUUUGUUUGUGGUAUUAUGGUGAGUAGAUGUUGUUUGGCCAGAUGCACUUAGAUCUCCAGGAACUCUGAAUUAGUUCACUUGGAACUUUCUGUUUUGCAGCGUUUCAUUGGAGACUAUUCUCAGAGCUCUUUGACAGGGAAAGAAGUGGAGAAUGCUGUUUCUCGUUUCCAGUCUUCCCUUCAGCGGAUAUCGGAUGCCAUCAAGGAACGCAACGCGUCUCUGGAAUUUUCCUAUCCUUGGCUGCUACCGGAGCGGGUUCCCAACAGCGUUGCCAUUUAA